UUGUAAUGUCAACCGCGUUCCCGUAAUGACCCUAGCUAGCCGUACCCUUCCAACCGUUCCAUAUAUAAAAUGUCUCAACCCCCUAAUCUUUCUUAUAUCCCAACAUAAGCUUUAAAGUGUGUGACUGUGUUAUACAAAGCUCAAAGACACAAAAUCAAAUAACAAAAUUCAGAAGGACACACAGAUUCUGCAGAUAAAGCAUAUAUAUUGCAACAAAUCUUGCCAUGGCUGAGGAGUUUCAAGCUGCUAUUUGUGGUGAAAGUUGGUGGAAUAUUAAUCCAACAAGAAGUGUGUUCCCUUUGAUGUCAUCAACUUGUUCUGUGGCAGCAGCUGAUGCAGGAAACUACAGCACUUGGCAAACUGAUUUCGUGGAUUUCAAGGGAACAACAAGGUCUUGUGCUGAGGAGACUAAUUAUAACUUGGUUUCUUCUGAUGCUUCUAUGAGUUUUCUCGAUGCUGAGAAGCCACAGCAGAGUGAUGACUCAGCGAGUGGAACUGGUAGCAUCUUGAUCGAUUCCACCUUGCAAAUGAUGGGUUUUGGCAUGUCGUCUUCGACUUCAUCGAAUUGGAAUCAAUCUCUAUUAGGGAGCGCUUUUCAUUCCGUGCUUCAAGAAGAAACAGGCAUGGCUGGUGGUUCUGGUUCUUCCAAUAACUCACAAAUCCAAAAGGAUUGGAGUCCAAAGAAUUUCUCAUCUGGUGGUGGUGGUAGUCAAGUUUCUACCGUUAAUGCUUUCAAGCCAAUGAACCAAGAUUUUUCCUUGGAUCAGCAAGGUCUGAAUUCUGUUGUUACCAGCACCGGAUCAUUAUCUGGUGAUUUCCCUAUUGUUUCAGCUUCCUAUGGUUACCCUUCAACGUUGAUACAAAGCUUAUAUGAGCCUGAGCCUGAGCCUCAACCACAACCACAGAACUCACUUUUCACCAACCCCUCCAUGUCCUAUUCAUCUACCGUAAACUACGGAACAUGUUCCAAUGAACUUUCACCAACAUGGUCCAAUGUUUCUUCCCUUCUCAAACCCUCAAUGCCAAAGCAGCAACUUAGUGGAUUGCACUUUUCCAAUAAUACUACUUUCUGGAGUGCUUCAGCCGAAGCACUUAAUGACAUAAGAGCAGGUGUUUUUGCUUCAUCACAGGCACAAUAUCAAACGCCAAAAUUUGAGGAGAAACCCAACUGCCCCAAUACUCUGUUAAAUAAGCUCAAGAGAGAAGAAUCUCCAGACACAGCAUCAGCAGCGAAGAAAAAUUCUUCGGAGCCAGCAUUCAAGAGGCAAAGAAUUGAGACUCCAUCCCCAUUACCAACUUUUAAGGUUAGGAAAGAAAAGCUAGGAGACCGCAUCACUGCUCUUCAGCAAUUGGUUUCACCUUUCGGAAAGACGGACACUGCAUCCGUUCUUCACGAAGCCAUCGAUUACAUCAAGUUCCUUCAUGACCAAGUCAGUGUAUUGAGCAAUCCAUACAUGAAAAAUGGAGCUCCCAUCCAACACCAGCAGGAUUGUGAUAAUCUGAAGGAGUCAGAAGGACCAAAACAAGAUUUGAGAAGCCGAGGGCUGUGUUUGGUGCCGAUUUCAAGCACGUUUCCGGUGGCUAAUGAGACCAAUGUUGAUUUCUGGACUCCUACAUACGGAGGCGCACUCAUUGGCAGGUAGAGACAAGUGGAGAAGUGGUGACCAUAAUAAAUAUAUAUAUUUAUAUAUAUGUGUAACUAAAAGGUGGAAGAAGAAGAAGAAGAAGAUACGAAUGGUAAAGAGAAAAUGAAAGGUGAAGAUAACAAACGAGAGAAAAAAAUUAAAAAAGAAAGUAUAAAAAAGAAAGCGAGCUAGUCUUGAAAGAUCGAUGGACAGGUAAAGCGGAAUGAAUGAUGUACGCUAGUCAAUGAUUAUAGUGACUUGUGGAUGAUAAUAAUAGAUUAGCUAUAGUCCUAAGUUUUAGUGUUUUUAAUUAUUAACGUCGAUGAGUGGCAGGAACAAGUGCUAAAUUCAGAGGCAUUUGACGUAUUAGAUUAUAGAGUUUUUGUUGUUGUUGUUAGGGUCGGUAUUAUAUGCCUGAAUUUAGCAGAUGGGGCAACCUAGCUAAAACGCC